UGCGCGUCUCUCUGUCAUUUUUGUGCCGAGUAUCGGGUCGCGUCGGUUUCGUUUCAACAUCAUGGAUGGCCACUAUUUCUGUACCGAGUGUCAGAUUCCAUUCACUGCUCGUGCAUCCUUGUAUCGCCACAUCAGACAAAAGCAUGACAAGGAGCCAACUGCUGUUUAUCCCAAUGUGUGUGCUUUCUGCCUUAAAACUUUUAAAUUUAAAUAUUUAUUAACUCGUCAUGUGAGCCAAGUUCAUAAUAAUAUCCCUACCCCUUCACCUGCACAAUCUUCUCCGUUAUCUCACCAUUAUCUCACCGAAGACUUCACUAAAACAAGUAUACAGUAUCCUUCUUUACCCAGCUCAUAUACUACUUCAUGUUUGCCAUCACCUAACAAUUUACUUUCACCCUCAAGUUUUCUCACAAAGUUCAAUUCUAUACCCACAUCAGAUCCUCUUCACAAACGCCCCCACACCACUUGCAUUUCCUCUACUAAAGUUCAAAUUUACAGGUCUCAGAUUCCCAGUUCCCCUAUCAGUUCUAAGGAAAAUGUUAUAGGUACACCAUCAACAAAAGAGAAACUAAGAUAUCCGCUUUCUGCUUGCUCUUCUCCUUCCUCUGCUCCUUCCAUAUCAGAUCGUCUUCACAAACAUCCCCAUGUAAGUUUAUCGCCGCAUCCUUGCACUUCCUCCACCAAAGUUCAAAUUCACACGCCUCCCAUUCCCAGUUCCCCAAUCAGUUCUAAGGAAAAUUUUAAAGGCUCACCAUCAAAAAAAACAAGAAUAAGAUGUCCAUUCGCUCCCUGCUCUUCUGUUUUUUCUAGGUACACAGGUUUAUAUGAUCAUAUUGAAUUCUAUCACAAGACUACAAUUGAUUAUGAACAGUUUGUGUUUCAAAACAUUCAAGAUUUUGAAUUAUGGAAAGCGGACAUAGAGCAGAAGGAGUUAUCGCAUUAUGUAAAAGCCAAUUCAGGAUACAAAUCAAAAACUGAUGACAAGACAAUUUAUUUCGAUUGCCACAGGUCAUAUACAUAUGAUCAGAAACCCACUGUACGCUUGUUUACUAAAACGAGCAACAAAACCGGAUAUGCUUGCCCAUCAAGGAUUAGUUGUACAAUUAAUCACAAUGGAACAGUUCAUGUUGAAUUUUGGAAGACACACGUGGGACACACUCAACAAAUAAAAUUUAUUUCAUUAGACAAGAGCCUGAAAGAACAUAUCAAGGAUCAAGUUAUAGCAGGAGUUUCAGAUGACACAAUUGUGAACAAUAUUAGAAAUGCAGCUAAUGAAGGACAAUUACCAUUAAGGGCAUCAGUAAUUACGAAGAAAGAUAUUCGAAACAUCAAAUGCAAAGCUGUCAUACCAUACUCUACAUACCCAGACAAGACUUAG